AUGAUGGCAACCGAGGCGUGGUGGCAGGAGCUGCCGAAAAUGCCCGGGUUCCCCGCAAGGCAGACCGGCGGCGGCGGCGGCGAUGGCAGCGGGGAAGGGUCGGCCUCGCCGGCCGCUUCCUCUGAUGCGGCGGCUCGCACCACCCGGGAUAGCAGCAGCGCGAGCAGUGCGCUCGCGGGCUCGUGCGUUGGUGUUGAGGAGGGGGGGCGUGGCCCCGGAUCUUCUUCUUCUUCUUCCACGACAGCCUUCGCCGGAGCUUCUCAAAGGGCGUCCGUAACAGGAGCCGGCGCCGCCGCAGGGUUGGAGCCACCCGCAGGGGGGCCCGCAGAUUGGGGUCAGGGUAUGUACUCGUUGAGGUGGCUGCCGGCGGAGGGGCUGGCCGCGCUUCAGGCGGCGGGGGCGGCAUGCGGCAUGGACCGCGCCUCGUUGGACGCCGCGGGGGCGGUGGCAGAGGCGGCGGCGGCUAGGGCGGAGCAGGAGCGAGCGGCGGCGGCGAGGGCGGAGCAGGAGCGAGCGGCGGCGAUAGCAGACAGGGAGGCUUACGAAGCCGCCGCCAAUGGUACCGGGCCGGUGAUGUGGGGGUACGACGGCUACUACGACGGCGGUAGCGCCGCCGCUGCUGCUGCCGCUGCUGCUGCCGCUGCCGCGCAGCCGAGGCCGAGAGCCAAGAGGAGACCCAGGCGGAAGAGGGAGACGCACGUGCUGGUGAGCGAGAGCGACGAGGAAGGGGUGACGACGACGACCUCGGUGUGGGCGGGGCUGGAGGCUGCCGCCAAGGCGGAGGCGGAGGCGAUCAUGUCCUACAAGAAGAGCGGGAUGGUUGAGGCGGAAGCGGACGGCAAUCAGCACUGGGUACGGAGAUCGGUCAGGGCGGCGGGCUCAUCGGCGCUGGAUUCCGCUCACGUCGUGAAGCUGCUCGAACAAAUACGGGCGAACGAUCCAGAGGUGGAGGUGCUGAAGCUCCACCACUACCUGGGCCCAGACGUGAACACGGCGGUGAUCGAUGCCGUGCUGGAGGCGUUGAUGGUGAACGACAACUGCCAGGCCCUCUACAUACAGAACUUCAACGAGGGCUUUCGAGAUGAGCAGGUGGAGGCUUUGGCGAAGGUGCUGGGCAGGGGCAACAUAUGGUGCCUCAACGCUGGGGAGAACUACAAGGUCAAGCUCGCCACGUGGUGGCAGUUUGUGGAGGCGAUAAAGAACACGAAUGUCACGCACGCCUAUCUGAGCGAGCACGUGAUCACGGCGGAGCUCAAGAAGGCCAUGCGAAAGGCUAUCCGGGACAACCGGGUCAAGCACACCCGCCACAAGUCGGCCUCCAACCUGGAGGUUAUCCGCCGGUGCACCAACAUGUGGCGACACAAAACACGUGAUGGCCUGCAAUCAGCCCCUCCGCUCACUCUCGGGCGCUAG